GGUGUCCGAAAUACACAUUGAAACUCAAUUAAAUUUAAAUUUAUACAAGAAGUUGUACAUUGAAGACAAAACACUUCCUAAUAAAACAAUUUUAUAUUUUCAAAUUUGGGUUUCAGACUUAAACUCAAGAUCUCUAAAAAUUAAAAAAUAUGUACUUACCACCCCACCACAAUUUUCAUUGAUCAAAAUAAUUCAAACUUUAGAAUUUGUCUUUAUUGACAAAUACAAAUACAAAUGUAACUUUUUUUCUUUCUAAAAAAAAAAUGUCAAGUUCACCACCGUCUAGGUCCUUCAAGAACUUUUCAUACCAAAAAAAAUAAUUCAUAUAAAUAUAUAAACAUUCCCUAUAGUUAAACAAGAAAAAAAUCAAAGAAAAAAAAUACAAAAAAAGAGAGGAAAAAAAAAUGAGAAAAGCACGUACAAUAGGAAUUGGUAUGGAUUAUUCAUCAACAAGCAAAGUAGCUCUAAAAUGGGCAAUUGAUAAUUUAAUUGAUGAAGGUGAUACAAUUAUUAUUAUUCAUGUUCUUUCUUCUAAUAUUGAUCCAACUAGCAAACAACUCUUUGAAGACACUGGUUCACCUUUGAUACCUUUGGAUGAAUUUAAACAGAUUAAUGUGUCUAAGUACUAUGGAUUAAAUCCAGAUAAAGAGGUUCUUGAUAUGCUUGAACCUGUUUCCAAGCAUAAAAAGGUAACAGUAGUGUCAAAGGUGUAUUGGGGAGAUGCAAGAGAGAAACUUUGUGAUGCUGCAGAAAAUCUCAAACUCGAUUCACUUGUAAUUGGAAGUAGAGGCUUAGGAGUCCUUAAAAGGGUGUUACUUGGAAGUGUGAGCAAUUAUGUGGUGCAAAAUGCAACAUGUCCUGUUACUGUGGUGAAAACCAAUCCUCCAAAGUGAAAAAAAAAAAAAAAAGCCUACAAAAUUUGGAUGAACUUUUAUGUGUCUAUUUUGUAUUUUUACUUUUUUUUUUUGUUACUAUAAUAUUUUGUUUGGAUUUAUUUAACUGAUUCUUAGGUAUGAGUUGGCUUUUUUGUUUGGGAGUGUUAGAUGAUUGUGGGGUAUUGUUAUGUAUUUCAAGUUUAUCAUGUUUUUUUGUAUGAUUUUUGUUGGUUUCUAUGGACACUUGUCUUUGUCAAAAAUCUUGAAAUGUUUCAGUUCUGAGCUGGAACUUGAAAGAAUAAGAGUUUGUGUAAUUAGAAUUAUAUAUAUAUAUAUAUAUAUAUACUAGUGAAUAGGUUUGCGCUUUGCGUGAUGUGUA